GGAAAGGUUGGUCCAUCGCUACGGCUGUUUCUCUUCAGCUCCCCAUCUGCACAUCGUUGCCACCAUGGACGAGCUCAUUCCCUUUGUAAUGGACAUCGUUCCGGUCGCUGCACUCUACGCUGGAGUGGCGGCCGUGAUCUUCGGCAGCUGGCCACGCAAGAAUCGGACGACGCCCAAGGACUUUCAGAAGCCGCUCAGCCUGUCUGAGGCGCUGACCGACUUCGGCGAGGCGGCCAGGUACGCACACACAGGAGAAAAUCUUCCAUCACCUCCAGUGUUCGCUCUCCCAUAGGGAUCUCGACGGGGCCCUGGAUUCCGUGUCGGACAUCCUGACGCGGCUGCAGACCAUCUUGGCACCUGGUGAGACCUUCAAACUACUGGUCGUGGGGAUAACUGGAUAA